AAAUUCACACUACUCUCAGUUGUUGGGCAGCUUUAAAGAUAGAAAGAUAUGUCGCAGUGCUUGGAAACAAACUCGCAUUCUCUUGUCGAGAUACCGCCAAACGAAUGGAGUAUUUUACUGGAACUCUAUAAGGAGAGAAGGACAGAACCUUCUGGAUAUAAUCUGAUAAAUAAUUGUAUCAAAUGGAUUGAAAAAGAACCUGAUUUUGAUGUAAAGUGUUUAUCGCUAGACGGAGACUGGAAGAACGACGGCACGUUUUUAAUGAUUGUAAUUAAUGACGUCAAGUACAAAUUUGUGUAUUUUAACACGCUCAGUAAUAAUUUGAAGCGCUUAUCCAACGCACUUCUCUGCUUGUCAUACACGGAUGGACAUUAUAAGCUACACGAUUAUGGGGAGCGUCUGUUGCCAGCAGUUGAGGACUAUAAAAGAAGUGCUCUUAACGAGGAUGUUCAGACCACACAGACGGCCUGGUACAAAGCCCCUAGGGAAAUUGUUGCACACUUUUCAACAGAUCCACCUGUUGGUAUUAGCUUGCGCAGUUUAGACACUGAGGAUAUUCUGACUGUUAAUAAUCUCUGGAGAUAUGGUACCGAAUACACCGUCAAGUUUAUCAGACGAUUAAUACUCUACAAUGUCUCAGUUGGUGCCUUUGAUACAGAUGGAAAAUUGGUAGCCUGUUGCUUAAGAUUGCCCAUUGGCGCAUUGGGCGUUCUCCAUGUUUUGGACUCUCAUCGACGUCUCGGCCUAGGCAGUUUGAUGGUUCGUUGUCUUGCCAAGAAAAUAUCCAAACUGGGCGACGAAGUGCUCGCACCAGUUGUCAAAGAGAAUAUAGCCUCGCGGAAAAUGUUUGAGAAACUGGGCUUUCAAAUGAUCGAUUACAUUUAUUGGACUGGCUAAACUGUGAGUUAGCGUGCGCACAUUUUGUUUAUAAAUUGUCUGGCAAUAAACGAUUUUUUGUUUGAAA